CAUCGACUGCCUAUCGUUUUCAGCAUCUGUCAUAUCCCUCCUACUAGAUACAACGCACCAAACCUUUCACCGCCCCCGUCACGAUGAAUUACGCCACCAUCCUCAUCGCCUUCGCCGCCCUUGCCUCGGCCCAAGUCACCACGACCGUCCUACCGACAGACCUACCCACCACCUCGCUACCGACCACGUACCUCCCAACCUCGGCCCUUGACUCCCUGACCAGCUUGCUCGGCUCGGCGCUGACGUCGAUCGACUCGGCCGCCUCGUCCCGGCUCGCCUCCGUCACGAGCGAGGCCGCCAGCGUCGCCGCCAGCCUGUCAUCGGCGCUCGAGACGGCUACCGACAACGCCUACCGCUCCUCCCUCGAGUCCCAGCUCGCCUCCGCCACCAGCUCUGCCGCUUCUGCUGCCAGCUCCGUCGAGAGCGCCGCCUCUGAGCAGGCUACCUCCGCUACUGCUACCGACAACGCGGCCGCGCCCGCCGGCGCCCGCCAGACGGCGGGGGUUGUGGGUAUGGGUGCGCUGCUUGGGGGGGCGGCGGUGUGGGCUAAUUUGUGA